AGUGGAAAGAGACGCCUUGGACUGUACAUUAGCAAAGUGAUCUCUAGUAGCUUCAGACAGAUCUGCCGGUUCAGGCAGCUCUAAACAUAGUGCUGGAUAUUCCAGAAUUAACUGGGGCUGUAUUCAGCUGUGGGGCACAAAGAUAGAGCCAGCCGUGUUCUGUGAAAGGGGCUUUGUGUUUGGCCAAGCUGUAAACCUAUUUACAAUGUGGGGGGAGAGAAUUUAGCACGUUUUAGACUCUGUGAGCACUAUAAAGCUCUCUGAGAGCAGCAGAGGCUCUCGUUCGAUGACAAGUGCAAAUAUUAGUUGCAAGGUGAAAAUGUCCUGUCAAUAAAGUGAUAAAAAUGAGCUUGUACGUAAUAGAAUAAGGUAACUAACUGCAUGGGAGAACUUUCGCGGAACCGUUCGUAUUUGGAAACCUUUUAAGAACUGUGAUCAAUUCUAACUGGUACUUCAGUGGAAGAAUGCAAUUUAAAAAAAAACUGGUCAACAGACUUGAAGUUUCGGGAAUUUCUGAAGAAGGAUUUCUCUUCCCAGACCUCCUCCAUUCCCUCCCCUUUUUUUUUAAAUCAGAGCACUUAUCCACUGAAGGAGUCACAUUCAUGCAUUGCUUCUCCCACUGCUAAUCACUUUUCUGAGUUCAACAGAGUUCUGAAUUCAUCGGGUCUUGCUACAUUCUCCGAGUCUGCCGCUUUGGAGAGACCUAACAGUGAGUGCAGUUGAAUGCAGAACUUUGAUCGUUAUGAGUGGGGAGUGUUGACCCUUAGCACAGGCAUGUUCUUCAGAAUACAGAUGGUGGGGGCGGAUCAUACAUCCUGAAACGAUGCUGUUAUUCGAUGGGAUGUCGGCUAUACUCUGAGGAAGAUGAAUUCACAAUCGCUGGACACCUGUAUCCAACGCAUCCUCUCUGCCCUGUACCCUCCCUUUGACGCCACUGCUCCCACAGUGCUCAGUCAAAUCUUCAGGGUCAUUGACACUGCGUACAAGGGGGAUGGGCUCUGCUGCCUACUGGAUUUCUUGAUUCCGGCAAAACGUAUUCUGGAGAAUGUGCAACAAGAGGCUUGUGCUAGAUAUUCAAGCCUCCUAUUCCGUCAUGAAGGCUGGCCACUGUGUCUGCACGAGAAGGUAGUGAUACAAUUGGCAUCAUUCAACAUCUUUCUCCUGCGUCCUGGUGAUUUUUAUCUACAGAUUCUACCUGUUGGAAGGCAGUCUGCUCGAAUUGUGCUGAAAUGCUUAGGCAAAGACCUUUGCAGUGUGGAGGAGAAGCUUGUACCAGAAGUAUCCUACACCAGUAUUUUUACAGUGGAAUGGUUGGCAAUGAUAAACAGUGAACGCUCUGGCACCCCAUUGCACACUUGCCUGUUAGCCACAGAGAACGGAGUUGUGAAAGUGCUUUGGACUGAAAUAGUAAACCCGGAAUUUGUGACAAAAGUCAAAGUGACACCAGCAUCUGGACUCAACACGUGUUCUGCAGAGGAACCAGAGAAUGACUAUGAUUCCGCGACGAUGACAUUGCAGACAGAUAUGGAAAUGGAUAGGUUGUUUAAGGCUCCCGAGCCAGACUCUCAUAUUAAAGAUGAUAAAAAUAUAUCACCUGACUUGAUUCAAAUAGAGGGUGCAAAAUGCCUGCGCCACCAGCCUGUGAAAUUGGGAAAGGUCUCAAACUUGUGUGAGAUUUCCAGUGAAAAUGUUGAAGGGGAUUAUGUGGAUUUACUGAUGUUUUCUAAUGAAAAAUGUACUGAUCAGAAGACAGUGCAGCCUUCAUACAAGAACAGAGAAUCUUCGGUAGUUCCAAUGAAUGGUACGUGGGCAUGUGGAGGGUCAAUAAGGUUUGCCACAGAACCCUGCACACCAUGCUUAAAUAGAAGGACAAACAGUGAUCUAGAACGCAAACAGAUUAAAUGCCGUUAUCGCGAAUCUUACAUAGAAGCUUUGCAAAACCCUCUGAAUUUCGGAUUCAGUUUGCAGGAGACAGAAACUUCUAAAAAGAAUAAGGUAGAAGCCACAAUGAACCAUAAACUUGACAGUAGUUUGAAAAGUCCAGCCUACUGCAGGCAAAAUCAGGAAUCUAAAAAUUCCAGGAAGACUACUGCAGUAUUGCCAUCUAGGGAAACAAAUGAGGGCCGACUGUUGGGGCACGCCAUUCCACAGCCCACUUCGUUCAAGGAAUCAUAUCAGGCUACAUCCAAAUGUGAUGCUCAUUUGUGGUCACCAUCUUCAGACAUUACCAACAGACAUUCACUUCCUGAUGCUCAAAGGUCAUGUUUACCAACUGGUGACACCACAUCUUCUGAAAUUGCGCCCAAUAGAAAAGCUGGACAAGUACCAAAAAAGUGCUCUGUUGGUUAUAUAUCUCCAAGAAUCCGCAGACAUAAAGCCCAAGGCAAAGACGUUAGUAAAGAGGUCAGGAUUCAGCCAGAUACUCCGGUCCCAUUGAGUCAAAGAACUGAGACAAUCUCACUGUCUCCUGGUGCAAGUUUAACAAGCAGUGCCUCUCCCAUAUCAGAACAUCAUCAGAAGAGGUUCGCAACACGCUGCCUGGACCUCAACGGUGAUUUGCUACAUUCAGGAGCUGCUUGUUUACCAGGAAGCAGAGAUAAAGCAGGGAGAGCUGUGUUACAAGUCUGCAGUGAUAACAGGUUUUUGCAGAGUCAAACCGUCACCAGUGAUGACCUUGCCAGGCUCCUCCUGUACUUGUACAACAUUCCCAGGAAAGAAGUUCAAGAUCUGGGAUUAACAAUCGUUAUAGAUGCCAGGAGGCGCCCACCACAUGUUGCAUUAUUUAAAGCUUUAGGAUCGCUUCAGGACUUUGCUCCCCAUUCCAUUCAUUGUGUGCUGAUACUGACAGAGAAGGAGACAACUCUCAAACUGGAGAAAUAUCCAAGAAUAUCUAUGGAAGUUUUGACUUCCUUGAAAGCCCUGAAUAAGUUCAUUGACAACAACCAGCUGACUGAGAAUCUGGAAGGGACAUUACCCUACAACCACUCUGAGUGGAUUCAGUUCCGUAUGAAACAGGAUUCAUUUGUAACAAACUGCAGAGAAGUUUCCACUUUGUUGCUGGACACCAUUCAAACGUUUGAAUCGAACAAACCUGGAAACAGUGAACAGGAGGUUAUUCACUGCAUAAGUAAGCACAAACUGAUGAUGAAACAUGUUCUGCAAGAUGCCCGAUUGGUCACCCUGCAGUUGGAAGGUGGAGCAAUUCUUGCUCGACUGAAAAAAGAGGAAUCUCGAUUCAGCUCCUCUGAGGACUACAGGGACACCAUUGAUGCAGUGACAUCACUGUACAAUAAGGUGGAGGAGCAUGUCCACACUCUCGUGAUGAGGUCCAAUCAGUGUCUGCAGCAUCUAGAGUUCUUACAGGAUUUGCGGAGACUGGAGGAUAAAUUCAAACAGCGAAACAACUGGCUGGUUUGUGAAGGUGAAUCACAUUUGCAAAAUUUAGUUACAAAUGGUGAUUCACUGAAUGCCAUGCAACAAACACAGGAUAACUUUUCUAGAUUCUUCAUGCUGAUCACACAGGAAUACAAAAAGGGCUUGGAACUGUUGCAAGAAGUGGAUCAACUGGAUGGCUCUUCAUAUCCUGAGUUUUCAGUGUUCAAAAAUAUGGUGGAAGAUUUCAAAAUACGGCUGAACAAUUUUCACAUUAGAGCUAAGAGACGUCGAACAGAAUUGGAGGCCCUCGUUAAUUUGUACAGCUACUGUAAUAAGGCUACAACAAUGGCAGAAGAUUGUAAAUAUUACUUGAACCAGUCGGGAACGUGCAAUGAAGCAAUGUUGGAGAAUCUUGAGAGUUAUCAUCAGCGGUUUACAGAGUUCUCUGUUAAAAGAUUUCAGCAGAUGAAGAGCGAGGUUCAUAGUCUAAACAGUACUAAAGGGAUGAAGAUGUGGAAUGUCACCUGGCUGAAAUGUCAGGAGGUCAGGCAACUCCUUGAGGAGAAACUGGAAUUUUGUAAGAAGAUCCUAAAAUCCGAUAGCAUUCCUUCAUCAGGCAUUAGUGGAGAGUCAAAGAGCACUGGUCAUAAUUGCAGGAAGGAUACUGUGACAAGUAGCUCACUUGUGUGUGGCAGCCCGAGGACUGGAGAUGAUGUAAUUCAGAAGAAAAAGGAGAAGUGUAAUCCUUGGUCAUGCAGGAGCAGUCAGAACCAGAAAGAAAAUAUGACAAACAAACCAAAGGGGACACCCGUAAACCCUUUAACAUUUAACUGUCCUCUGUGGCUGCAAUCAAGUGAAGUUUCAACUGGUAAGAACAGCACACAGAACUGUUCUCCUCCUUCACGGUCAGACUCUGUCCUUUCCCCUUGUGCUCAGCACAAGAGCUAUCCUUCGAAGAAGAUCAUGCAGGCUGCACAGGGUUUCCAAUUGUCCCGGCAUGCAAGCUUUUGCUCGGAAGACAACACUCCAAGGAACACUCCAGUUGACAGAAAUAGCAGUAGUGCUACUCCAGUUAUGAAUCCUGUCUUGAGUAGAGUGCAAGGAUCCAGCUUGGAACAUGGGCCUAUACAGGAAGUUCAAAAGGCAACAAAAGACAAUUCCUAUAAUAAGAUGCAGCAUAUUAUGGAAGAGAUUUUAAUCACCGAGAGAGAGUAUGUCCGCUCCCUUGGUUAUAUUGUUAACCACUACUUCCCUGAGAUGGAACGCACCGACCUGCCCCAGGAUCUACGGGGACAGCGAGGUGCUAUAUUUGGAAACCUGGAGAAAUUGUACGAUUUCCACAGCCAUUACUUCCUGAAAGAGUUGGAGAAAUGUGCAAAAGAUCCUGUUAGAGUAGGAGGCUGCUUCCUCAGACAUGAGGAACAGUUUGGACUUUACGCAUUAUACAGCAAGAACAAACCACGUUCAGAUUUCCUACUCAGUAGCCAUGGAAACAGCUUCUUCAGAACCAAACAACUAGAAUUGGGUGACAAGAUGGACCUAGCAUCCUACCUACUGAAACCUAUUCAGAGAAUCAGCAAAUACAAUUUACUCUUGAGGGAUAUGCUCAAAGAGUGCGGUGCAGCCCAGGAGAAAGAGUGCAAGGAACUUAAGGAAGCUCACAAGGUUGUGUGCUUCCAGCUUCGGCAUGGGAAUGAUUUACUUGCAAUGGACGACAUACAGGAGUGCGAUGUGAACCUGAAGGAGCAGGGCCAGUUGUUACGUCAAGAUGAAUUUGUCGUAUGGUGUGGACGAAGGAAGUGGUUUAGACACGUCUUCCUUUUUGAAGAUCUUAUACUCUUCAGCAAGACCAGAAAGAUAGAAGGAAGCAAUGACAUCUACAUUUAUAAACAGUCCUUCAAGACAUCUGAAAUUGGAAUGACACACAAUUCUGGAGAAAGCGGGCUGUGUUUUGAAAUCUGGUUCAGAAGGCAGAAAUCCCGGGAUACUUAUAUCUUUCAUGCUCCAACUCCAGAGAUAAAGCAAGCAUGGAUCGAUGACUUGGACAAGAUAUUGUGGAAUCAAGCUGUGAGAAACAGGGAGCUCCAGAUGCAGGAGAGGGUGUUUAUGGGCAUUGGCAGUAAGCCAUUUAUGGACAUCAAACCUAGCGAAGCAGCCAUCAAUGAUCGAUCGGUUGAGUGCGUCACAAAAGGGAAAGAGGAGACCAAGAGACCAAAUUCCAUCGGCUCCAAUGGCAGCGCCUCAUCCUCAGGGAGCCAGUCUUCCUCUUCAUCUUCUGGUAUUGGUUCCCUGAAUAUGCACAGUUCCUCCUCACCAUCAACUGCAAGAAGCAAUGCUGGCAUCAACAACUGUUUUUAUAAUACCCGAGCAUGCAUUGAGGAAGAUGAUCUGGAGAAUGAUCCUAGUGGAAGGCCUUUUCUGACUGAGAGUUUGGAAACAUCCUCCCAGUGUAACUCCACGGAGAGUGUUAGCGGUUUCAGCAGCUCUGAACACAGCAGUCUCUCCCUGACGGGAGGAGAGAUCGAGGAAGCACUGUCUCUCUGCUCAGCAUCAUACAAGCCCAGUUCAGAUCCAUGCUCACUCUGUGCACCAGAGCCACUCCCAAAGGGAGAACUGUCAUUUGGAAAUUUGAUUAAAAAUGAUGAACCAUCAGAACUGCCCGUGAACCGUUCGACAGCUGUCUGACACUCUGAAGAAGCAGUUUGGCCUGAGAAUCAAUGAAUCACUGCUGAAGGAGGGUCACUGUUGGUAUUCCAACUGCUUCUGAGCUCUGAAAUGUGAUUCCAGUUCACGUUGCAACAAGCUACAGAUUUGCAAGAGGUUGCUGUGCCAUCUGGGCUUUGUCCUGACAGAUUGUUGUUUUCACUUAAACUGGAAAACAGAUGCUGCUCUGUAGCAGAUUUUUUUUGCCGAAAAAUCCUCAUUAUUCUCAGGUGGUUGUGACAUAAGUGUCAGCCGUGGUAUUUCACAAGGUCAUCGCGAUAAAGAGGGAACACCUAUCCCUAUGGUCAAGUACUGCGAGCUUUCUGCACGCUCUCCACGAUACAUGAACCUGUAACAUCAGCAUUUAGACAUGUUUUCUAGCCCUAGUG